AAAACGAUGUGACUCGAGCCUGUGGCGUUGCCAGACGUCGGACAGUCAAACAGCUGAUCGGCUGCUGUUACGCGACACGAAAAGAAUUUGUGGUUUAUUUUGAGUUUUGCCGUUUUAAGUGAGUGAAAUGCUGCGAACCUUUGUGGCCAGCGCACUGCGCAGCGUUUGCCGUCAGUCGCCGGCAGUUACUCCGCUGGUUCCCCUGGUCCAGCAGACACAACGUGCCAGCCUUGUUACUCUAGCCCGGCCCAGUUUGCUACCAGUCCCCUCUUUAACACCAACACCUUUCCUUCAACUACCGAUUAGCCUGGGAGCCACAGGAUCUCCGCCAAGCACCCGAAGCGUGACCAAGUUUUCGCUGAUCAAGGGCAAACGGAAGACUGUCAAGGCGGUGCUUAAGCGAUUCAAGCGUCUGGAAUGGGGCGCCUGGAUACGGACCCACUCCGGCCGCCAAAAGAAGCUGUUCAAGAAGUCGGGCGCCCUGCGGCGGCGCCUCAAGCAGCACGUCUUCACCAACGCCACGCAGAGCUGGCUGCUGGACAAGAUGGUCACCAGCUACUGGAGGCGGCCUAAGCACUACAUUAACGAUCCCUACCGGCCCUAUCACAGUAGGGACGAGUACUUUGCCACCCAGUCGAAGACCUUCAAGGUCUAGCCCGUUGUUCAUUAAAUGUCAUUACUUCUUAUAUUGAAAAAAAA